CAACUUUAUCUGAGUGUUGCAUUGAAAACUCUCCAUAGUAUAAUAUGAACAGGAAACAAUUUUUUUGUGCUUAUCAUGUCAAAAUAUAUGUCGUGCUGAAUGCUUAUUAAAAAAUUCGUCUUUUUGCAUCUUUUUUUAAUGAAUUUAAUGGUAAUUUCAUGCAUGUUCCAAUUUGUUUUUCUUUAAUUUAUUUAGUCUGGUUGAAUAACUCCAAUCUCAGGCGGCUGCAAUUUGAGUUAUUUUUAUUUUCUAAAUAAAUAACUUCAAUGUUGGGUGCCAAUACUUUAAAUUGAUUCAAAGACUAUUACUAAUGAUGGUCCUAUUGUAUCUUUAGGAAUCUAUACUCUGUUUGAAUACUUGUCCUCUCAUGAUGGUGACUUGACACUGCUCUAAAAGCCUAAUUACCUCUGAAAUUUCAAAUUUUCUCGAGAAUUAUUGCUUUUGCAACGUGUUUUUGGGUCUCCACAUAUUUUGGAGGAAGCUGGGUUUGAUAAGACACUGGCCUUCAAUUGUGUCGAGAAGAUGCCUCGGAAAGUGAACUACAGAAUUGAUUAUGCUGAGGACUAUGACUACCAUGAUGAUUAUGACUAUGAUCAUGAUUUAGAAUCUAAUGGAGAGGCACCUAAAGAAGACCAAUCGGUUUCAAAGCCAGGGUAUUGGCGUUGCGCAAUUUGCACAUACGACAACGACAACGAUGACAAUUUAACAUCUUGUGAUAUAUGUGGUGCUGUUCGCAUUGCCCCAGUUGGGAAUUCCUUCGAGGUGAAAGCAGUUGAUGACAUUUGCAAAGACCCUGGAGUAUCAGUAUUGGCUAAGUCUCUUUUUGCGUCAUUGCCUCGUGGGAAACCCAAAAUGGCUAUAACCAUGCAGCGUCAAGGAAAAUUUAGUGAUUUCCAGAAUGCUUUUAAUAUUCCCGAUUCUCGACAGCAUAUCAACAUAGCCCCUUUUAAGUUUGAUCGUGCAUCCCCAGAUGAUAUGGUUUCUGCUGGGAAGAAAUCGUAUGGAAAAGACAUAAAAGCCAAAGUUCCACAAUUUCCACCAUCAAAAACUUCCCCGGUCAUUGCUGAGAAGGGAAAAAUGAAAGCUGUAUCAAAUGCCAAGAAGUAUGAGGCUUCAUCAUCUACAUCAAAUAAAGUUGGUCGUCUGAAUUCUAAUGACAGAAGUCCGAUUAGUGGUUCAGGUGUUGUUGAAGAAGAUAAAAUACAAGCCACGACCAGUGAUUUUCUCAAUUUAAAGUUGAAACCAAGCAUUUAUAAUCAGAAAAAUGAUGUUAAUGGUAGGAAAACAGCUUCAUUUGAUGAGUACAAACCAGAGCCAUGGAUGCUUCCUGACCAGAAAGAACAAACUCUACCAUUGCUGAAUCUUGCAAUUGUUGGCCAUGUUGAUUCUGGUAAAUCAACACUCUCUGGGAGAUUGCUUCACCUCUUGGGACGGAUUUCUCCAAAAGAAAUGCACAAGUAUGAGAAGGAGUCUAAGCAAAUGGGGAAAGGCUCUUUUGCUUACGCAUGGGCAUUGGAUGAGAGCUCUGAAGAGAGAGAAAGGGGUAUAACCAUGACCGUGGCGAUUGCUCAUUUUGAGACGAAGAAAUAUCAUGUUGUUGUGCUUGACUCACCUGGCCACAAAGACUUCGUUCCAAACAUGAUAUCUGGUGCCACCCAAGCAGAUGCCGCUAUUCUUGUUGUAGAUGCAGCUCUUGGCUCCUUUGAAGCGGGGAUGGAUGGAUAUGGAGGUGGUGGGCAGACAAAGGAGCAUGCCCAACUUGUUCGAAGCUUUGGUGUUGAUCAGAUUAUUGUUGCAGUAAACAAAAUGGAUGCUGUGCACUACUCUGAGGAAAGGUUUAACUUUAUUAGAGUGCGUCUUGGGUCAUUUCUCCGUACAUGUGGAUUUAAGGAAUCAUCAAUUGUAUGGAUACCCUUGAGUGCUAUGGAGAAUCAGAAUUUGAUAACAACUGCUUCUGAGCUUCGCUUGCUGACUUGGUACAAGGGAUCAAAUCUUUUGGAGGCCAUAGAUUCGUUCUUACCUCCUGUUAGGGAGACCUCAAAACCAUUGCGAAUGCCUAUAUGUGAUGUCAUGAAAUCAUUACUGUCAUUGGGGCAAAUAGCCGUUAGUGGUAAACUAGAAGCUGGAGCAAUCAGAAAUGGGUCAAAGGUUUUAGUGAUGCCCUAUGGACAUAUUGCAACAGUGAAAUGUAUUGUGAGAGAUUCACGUGCUUGCAGUAUUGCAAGAGCGGGGGACAAUGUGGAUGUGGGCUUGCAGGGCAUCGAUGCAUCUAUUGUAAUGGCAAAAGGGGUUCUCUGUCACCCCGAGUACCCAGUUGCAGUAGCAGCUUCUUUGGAGUUGAAGGUGCUCAUCUUGGAUAUCACAAUGCCCAUCCUAGUCGGCUCCCAGGUGGAGUUUCAUGUGCACCACGCAAAAGAGGCUGCAAGGGUUGUAAAGAUCCUCUCUUUGAUAGAUCCAAAAACGGGGAAGGUCUCUAAGAAGGCACCACGAUGUCUUACAGCCAGGCAAAGCGCAAUGAUAGAGGUGAACUUAGAAAGAGCAGUUUGUAUUGAGGAAUUUUCCAAGUAUAGGGCACUUGGGAGGGUGUACCUACGAGCAAACGGGAAGACGAUCGCAGUAGGUGUAGUAACCCGUAUAAUCCAUCAAUGACAUGGCACACGCCUUCUCUUAUGGUGGGCCACUUGUAAACGCUCUUUGUAAUGUGAAUGUAUAUUAUGAAUUUGCACUUGCGAUGCCUGAUCUCCAUAGCUGCUGAUGAAGAAUGGGUGACCUCUGGAAGAGAGGAGGCAAUUUUCUCUGAAACUAUAUCAGAUAUACGAUGAUCCUCAUGUCCAUGCAACCAUAGCCACCCAUUUUUCGGAAAUCAUAUCUGAAAUAAGCCUUGCUUUCUAAUCUGACAUAUGGUCUCUCUCUCCCCUCAAUUUUUUUAUUCUCUCUCCCCUAUUAUAGUUAUUGUAAAAGAGAAUGGUGUCUGUUGCCUCCAGUUCCCUUGAAAUGGGGUAAUUCCCCUCGGCUUUUGUACA